ACAUCCAACUCUCUCUUCCCUUCUCUUGUGUGCUUCACGGAAGAACAGUCACAGGAAGUUGGAGGAAUCGAUGGAGUUCCAUGGCAGGACUUGCGGCUCCUUCAUGGCCCAGAGCGAGGAGGAGGUGGACCUGAGAAGGGGGCCGUGGACCGCGGAGGAAGACCUCGUUCUGAUGAACUAUGUGGCGGCUCAUGGCGAGGGGCGAUGGAAUUCUCUCGCCCGUUGCUCGGGGCUGAGAAGAACAGGGAAGAGCUGCCGGCUUCGAUGGCUCAACUAUCUUCGUCCCGACGUCCGGCGGGGCAACAUCACCCCGGAGGAGCAGCUCCUCAUCCUGCAACUCCACACUCGCUGGGGAAACCGGUGGUCCAAGAUCGCGCAGUACUUGCCCGGGAGGACCGACAACGAGAUCAAGAACUACUGGCGGACGAGGGUGCAGAAGCACGCGAAGCAGCUCCGGUGCGACGUCAACAGCAAGCAAUUCAAGGACGCCAUGACAUACGUGUGGAUGCCUCGCCUCGUGGAGCGGAUCCGGGCGGCCUCCGGCGUCUCGACCACGGCUCCGGCGGGCCCGGUCGCGGAAGUCGAGCUGGUGAUGAAGCCGAGCCCAGAGGAGUCGAGCACCCCCAGUUCGUCGUUCGGAGCAGAGUUCCCACCGGCGCCUCCGGUCUUCGACACCUUCCCAGCCGCCGCCGCGGCCGCCACGCAGAGUGGCGAGGGUGAACUCCCCGGAUGGUGGUCGGAGUCCGGCGACACUGACCUGGGGUUGCCUGACUUCGACCACAGCGUGUGGGGAGACGACCUGUGGAGUGCGGAAGACAUAUGGCUGCAGCAACAGCUUUAGAAAGAGGAGGAAAGGAGAAGAAAAAGAGUCUGUACUGUGAAGCCAAACCACAUGAUAACCUUAAAAGACUUACAACUGUGAAGAAAAAGGAGGAUUAGAUUACAUAUUAUUUUUGCUUGAGAAAAAUAAUAAAAUUAGAAUUC